AGGCCGCUGGAAGACGUAGAGGUAGCAGGUUGCUACUUCAGGUAGUCCAGGCCUCUUCACACCUGCCUCAGCCUGGGUAGGCCUCUUUUCCUGGGCUCCUGAGUGUGAGGGCUCCCAGAGUGCUACCUGAGAAAAUGGGGAAGCCGAAGGCCUGACUUUACUCUGGGAGUUGAGAGGGAACCCAGUGGAGGCUGCUGUGCUGGAGGAUGAGGGAGGAGCCUGGGGCUGGAGAAGAGGAAAACAGGGUGGGGCAGGCAGGGGUAGUUCUUCUGGUAUGGCGGGUGAUGUUUAGAGGAGGGAAGAGAAAUGGGCUCUAGUUGGCUGUGAGUGAAGCGUCUUGGUGAGGAUGGCAGGUGACAUGAAGAGGGAGGGGCUCUGCAGGCUGUGGGCUCAGUGCAGUGCGUGGAGAACUGAUAUCAAGCAGGGAACAGUGAUUAAUGCAGACUGACCGUGUCUCACGCCCAGGUGAACGCCUCCAGGGCACUGUUUGGGACCUAAGGACUGCCAGCCUAUGGGCUUUGUGGUGUGUGGGGGUUAAAACUCACAUGGCUGCAGCCAGUGUGACUCCCCCUGGCUCCCUAAACCUGCUGCAGCCUGGCUUCUCCAAGACCCUCCUGGGGACCAAGUUAGAAGCCAAGUACCUGUGUUCAGCGUGCAGAAACAUCCUACGGAGGCCCUUCCAGGCCCAGUGUGGUCACCGCUAUUGCUCCUUCUGCCUGAACAGCAUCCUCAGCUCUGGGCCUCAGAAUUGUGCUGCCUGUGUCCAUGAAGGCCUGUAUGAAGAAGGCAUUUCUAUUUUAGAGAGUAGUUCGGCCUUUCCAGAUAAUGCUGCCCGCAGGGAGGUGGAGAGUCUACCAGCUGUUUGUCCCAAUGAUGGAUGCACCUGGAAGGGAACCUUGAAAGAAUAUGAGAGCUGCCAUGAAGGACAAUGCCCAUUCCUGCUUACCGAAUGUCCUGCAUGUAAAGGCCUGAUCCGCCUCAGCGAGAAGGAGCGUCACACUGAGCAGGAAUGCCCCAAAAGGAGCCUAAGCUGCCAGCACUGCAAGGCACCCUGUAGCCGUGAAGACCUGGAGGUGCACUAUGAGGUCUGCCCUAAGUUCCCCUUAACCUGUGAUGGCUGUGGCAAGAAGAAGAUCUCUCGGGAGAAGUUUCAGGACCAUGUUAGAGCAUGCAACAAGUGUCGGGUUCCCUGCAGAUUCCACACCGUGGGCUGUUCUGAGAUGGUAGAGACUGAAGAGCUGCAGGCCCAUGAGGUGCAGAGGCUGCGGGAACACCUGGCCAUGCUGCUGAACUCAUUCCUGGAGUCCCCAGCCUCACAGGGAAGCCAAAGCCAGGUGGGGCCGGAGCUGCUGCAGCGGUGCCACACUUUGGAACAGAAGACGGCCACCUUCGAGAACAUUGUCUGCGUCCUGAACCGGGAGGUAGAGAGGGUGGCAGUGACUGCAGAGGCGUGUAGCCGGCAGCACCGGCUAGACCAGGACAAGAUAGAGGCCCUGAGUAACAAGGUGCAGCAACUAGAGAGGAGCAUUGGCCUCAAGGACCUGGCCAUGGCCGACCUGGAGCAGAAGGUCUCAGAGUUGGAAGCAUCCACCUAUGAUGGAGUCUUCAUCUGGAAGAUCUCAGACUUUGCCAGAAAGCGCCAGGAAGCUGUAGCUGGCCGUACACCCGCCAUCUUCUCCCCAGCCUUCUACACAAGCAGGUAUGGCUACAAGAUGUGUCUGCGUGUCUACCUGAAUGGCGAUGGCACUGGACGGGGAACUCACCUGUCUCUCUUCUUCGUGGUGAUGAAAGGUCCCAAUGAUGCCCUCCUGCGGUGGCCUUUUAACCAAAAGGUAACAUUGAUGUUGCUGGACCAGAACAACCGGGAGCAUGUCAUCGACGCAUUCAGGCCUGAUGUUACCUCAUCCUCCUUCCAGAGGCCUGUCAGUGACAUGAAUAUCGCCAGUGGCUGCCCCCUCUUCUGUCCUGUGUCCAAGAUGGAGGCCAAGAAUUCCUAUGUGCGGGACGAUGCUAUCUUCAUCAAAGCUAUUGUGGACCUAACAGGACUCUAGCCACCCCUACUAUAGCAGCUCAGUGAGGAGCUGCCACACUGGGCCAGGGCCCUGCCACACAUGGGUGGGCAGGCUUGGUGCGAGUGCUGGGAAGGGCCUCAGCCUAAAGCCAGUCACCAGCACAUGGAAAGGCAGGAAGGAGCCUCCAGUUGGUCCUCAACUGGUAGACUGAGUGGACGGUCCAUUUAGCUCAGGGUCCUUGUGGAACCAGCUGGUGGGGUCUUGUCGGCUUUCCAGUAGAAAAGCUCUUGCUUUUCUGUGUGGGGAAGGGAGAGGCCCUUGGCUGGGGUACGCAGAAAGAGCCUCUCGAGAGCUUCAGAGCUACACCAGCGGCAAGAGUUGACCUUGCCCACUCUGACUUGUGGAAAGGAGGUAGGGGCUGCGCAGGAGAAGGGCAUCCACCCACAAAUCAUAGCCCAGGAAAGAAGCCCUCUGAGACGUAGGCACACUGGAGAGGAGCCUGCCUGGGCUGCACAGCCCUGCCAGGUGGCCUGUAUUGAGGAGAAGUGAUUAAACUAUUCGGCGUCUGUGACGAGUGGUGUUUAUCUGACUCUAGGUUGCCUGCUGGCUCCAGCCCAGGUAGUGGUGACCCUGUGGGGCCUCUGCUUUUCUCUCCACAUUGGCUGUCUCUGUUCCUUAUACCCUUUGAGCUCCCAAGGCUCCAUGUGAUCACUGCAUCAUGGGUCUGCCUGGGUAGAGGUAAAGGGCUGACAUUUGGUCUGGUCCAUGUGCAGGGUUUUUUCCUCAGGUUCUGGACUGGUUCGCUCUUUGGACUGGGGUUGGAGUGGAGACACUAUGGUCUGGGUCCUGGGCAUCUUUGUUAGUCAGAAGGGAUAUCCAGUCUCCCUCAGUUCAUUUUCCAGUCACCACAGUAGGAAAUGGGGAGGCACCAGCUCAGUGAGCACGCUGCCCUCCCGACCUGUUGGUGUUCUCUUCUGUCUGAGUUUCCGCACCAAACAGAAGCAGCAUGGGAUGGUAUCAUGGCAGAGAACUGGCCUCACCUGACGCCCUGUGGCUUGCUGGUGGAGGACACAGCUUGUCCUUUUCUCCUGCGUUCCUAAGCUGCCUGUCACCUGUAGCCCCAGGAGAGGUGGGGUUGUAUGGUUAUCCCUUAGGUAUUUUGUACUUGCUCCGAGAGAACUGCAUCAAGGCCUUACAGCAUAUAGCAUGUGGGCAGUGCCUCUCCCUACAGCUUUUCACGAGGGCUGUGUGUGACCUGUGUGUCUUAUGACUUGUACUUCUCUGAAGACUCUGGGCAUCUUUACCAGAUUAUUGCUCUGGGAUUUCUCCAUAGGAAUAGGCCAUUUCUGUCCAUUUUUUAACUUACUUUUUUCUUGCUUAGUAAAAGUUUCUGAUCUUUCUAGUCCAGCAUGGUGGUGCACGCCUUUAAUCCCAGCACUUGGGAGGCAGAAACAGGAGGAUCUCUGAGUUCAAGACCAGCCUGGUCUACAGAGCGAGUGCCAGGACAGGCUCCAAAGCCACACAGAAAAACCAUGUCUGGAAGAAAAAAAGAAAAAAAGAAAUUUCUAAUCUUCUAUCAUUGAUCCUUCAUUGUGUUUGAUCUUUUUUCUCUAAGACAAGGUUUCUCUGUAUAGCUGUUAUAGCUGUCCUGGAACUCGCUUUGUAGAUCAGGCUGGUCUUGAAUUCAGAGAUCCGCCUGCCUCUGCCUCCCAAUGUUUGAACUUUCUUGACGUAGAAAAAUUCAAAGUUGAGACGAUCAGUUAAAUAAUGGUUUUAAAGUCUGUUUCAAACAGUUGGUUUCUAUGUUUAGCAGUUCAUUUGUUUAUAAUGUGUGUGAGGUUUUUUCUCUAGAAAUGUGUCCAUUUUAAAACUAGAAUUAAUUAGGUAAUUCACACUGAGGCUGGUAUUUUGGCUUUUGGAGGCUGGGUUUUUUCUAUGUAGUCCUGACUGUUCUGGAGCUCUCCAUGUACACCAUACUAGCUUUGAACUCACAGAGAUCUGCUUGCUUCUGCCUCCUAAGUGAGAUUAAAGAUGUCCACCACCAUGCCCCGCUGGUAAUUUUUUUGUUUCGUUUUGUUUUUCAAGACAGGGUUUGGAGCCUGUCCUGGACCUCGCUCUGUAAACCAGACUGCCUCAAAUUCACAGAGAUCCACCUGUUUCUGCCUCCUGAGUGCUGAUAUUAAAGGCGUGUGGUGUGCCAGCACCACUCAGUGUGGUAAUUUUUUUUUUUUAGGCAGUCUCUAGUCUGAGCUGACCUCUAACUCUCCAAGUAGCCAAGGAUAACUUUGAACUUCUGAUCUUUCUGUCUCUGCUUCCCAAGUGCUGGCAUUCAAGUGUCUGCCAUUGUCUCUGGCUUAUGUGGUAUUGGAAACUGAACUCCAGGCCUCCUGCAAGCUCUCUACCAAUCUCAGCCAAACUGGUAGAUCGUUCCACCGGAGUUAAAGAGAAGUAGAGGGGCUGCAGGUGUAGUAUGUGGUAGAACCCACUUGUCAUGCACAAGGCCCUGGGUUCCUUCCUACUGUGUGUGAUUUCAACACAUAGAAGAUGGAAUUGUGGUUGGCAAGAAUAGAAAGGUAUCCACAGAGGGCUGGGCAUGGUAGGCAUGCACCUUCAGUCCCAGCACUCAAGAGGCAGAGGCAGGUUGGAUCUCAGUGAGUUUGAGGCCAGCCUGGUCUACAGAGUGAGUUCCAAGACAGCCAGGGCUACACUGAAAAACCCUAUCUCAGGAAAAAAAGAAAAAGAAAAAUUUAAUACCUAGAUAAUGUUUUCGUAGAUGAAUGGAACACAUUUAUUUUUUCCGAAUUGAAUAUUUUAUUAGCAUGGUAGUUGUCUUUUUAACAUGUGCACACACACUCACACACUCAGAAUGAUCUGCCUGGGG